GUAGUAACAGCAAAUAACUGAUAUUCUAAUUACUUUUUUAUAAAUUAUAAUUUUAUUUAUACACCAGAACCGAAAUGAGUGAUAUAAUAAUACUAGACAAGAGUUUACAAGAUAGAUUAGUCGAAUUCGAAGAUUUAGAAGAUAGUUUGUCUUCAAUUAGAAAACAGUGGGAGACGUAUUUAGAAUUUAACUUGUGCCGUAAAGGAUGGCAGGCCGUUUGGAAGAUUCCACGAGUUACGUGUGAAGUUCUAAAUAUACCAUUUCCAUCAAUAGCCCUUGUUUUAGUAGUAGAUACAGACAUACAUAACUUAAAAGCACUUGUAAAAAUUUUGGGUGUUGAAGAUGAGAGCAUACAUUUAUCUGACAUGCACGUUGUACCAUUAAUUCAACUCUGGGUAACUAAAACACAAAAUAGUAACUUAAGUCUUUUAAGUGUGAAUAAUACUGCCAAUGCUCUUGAUGUAGUACGCUUCUUUUAUACAAAAUUAUACAUGCCUUGGGAUGCGGAGGAUCUUAGCAGCACUGACUGGAAGGAUCUACAUUUAGAACCACGUCUGCGACUGCAUUACGAGAUGAGAAAUGGCAUUACUCCCAGAGCUACAGCUGAACACAUCAAUUCACUUUUAACAGAAGCGAGGAACAUACAGGCUCGAUAUGAAAUGUUGGAAGAACUUGGUGAAAGUGAAAAUGAGGAGUUAAUUGAUGAAAUGAAUUUAAGAAUGUUACAAAUUAAAAACGAAAUGUUGAUACUCGAAAAUCCGCAUCUCAGGAAAAUUGUGAUAAAAAGGGAAAAUGUUGAGUUUCCACUGAAAAAUGAACAGAAACAGUUUUGGGCAAUACAAGAGAAGGGUACUGUUGAAGACCAUGUAAAUUUCUUAAUUAAAGUUAAACAAGAAUUGAGUCCUUCUACAACAAUAAGUGUCGCAACAAACUUGACCAACACUUUAGAAAUUGCAAAAGCAAAUAGUACAUUUAUUUUAAAAGAGUCAAACUAUUGUAUAAAAUCUAGUGGAGCUCUAGAAAUAGGAGGAAGAUUAAUAGGUGUUUCAGAAAGGCAUUCAACAGUUAUCACUACAGAAAAAACUGAUAUAAUGUGGGAUUUCAUAAGAGGAAAUGUUGAAUUAAAAAAUAUUACAAUCAGUGUGAAACAUCUGAAAUGUGUUAUUUUGGUGAGAACGGGAAAAACCAUUUUAAAAAAUGUAAAAAUUAUAGGAAAUGGUGCAUCUACAUCACAGGGAAUAAUUGUAUUACCAGGAGCUGUACUUGAAUUAUUUAACUGUGAAAUAGAGAAUUUUAGCACUGCUAUAACAGGAAAUGCUUACUCAAAUAUUUCAUUAACUGAAUGCAAUAUACAUGAUGUUGAUAUUGGAUUAAAGAUUUUGGAUAACUGUUUAGUCAACUUAACAGAUUCAACAAUAAACAACUGUAAACAAUCUGGGAUUAUUGUUGAAUCUACUGGCAAUAUACAACAACAAAUAGGAAAUUUUGAACUGUUGGACCUGACAUCACAGUUUAAAAUACAUGGUCUAUGUGGCAGUAACAAUGGAAAUGAUGUCAUCAUAAAAAACAAAUCAUCACCAACUUUUGAAACAGACAGUGAUUCAGAAAUGGCUGAGACAAUUAAUGAUGAGAAAACUAUCAGGAGUCAACCAAUAGAAGUUAAAUAAAUAAAACACCUGCGUAUAUAUAAUUUUUUUUAAUUGUUAUAUUUAUAAUAAAAUUUAUAUAAAUACAA